CAGCUUUUAAAACUGAGGGUAAAUAUUCAGGCUUCAUUAGGAUCCUGAAUACAAGCCAGCCGGUAAAAUAUGGGUUCUACCCAGAAGGGCACCACCUAUCAAAUGGUCAAGACAAAUAAAACUGGGACUAAGGUAACAGUUUCAACACAGAAAGGGGCUGAGAUAACUAGCACAAACCCUCAUCAGGGACGUGGGUCCAUUGCUGCCUCGACCCACCGAAGUGCUGUAAUCACCAUGAGCCCUCCUAUCCAUCGAAGAUCAGAACCUGGGCAUUUCAUCAUUUCCAGAGACGAUCAUCGCUUUAGCCUCCCAGAAACCAGCUUCUCUGGAGCACCCAUCCCUAAAGGAACUGAGAGCCGAUCAAAAUCAGAUGCAUAUCGUCAUUCCUCUCUUCACCGAAAGAUUCAGCAAACUCAGCCACCAUCUUCCUAUGCUGUUCACAUGCAGCGGACUAGUAGUCCCCACAGAGAGGAAUCCCCACGAAGAAGGGGUGAGAGCAAGGCAGGGCAUGACAUUAAUCGUUACUCGACCCCAGAUGCCAAAUCCUCUCGCCGGUUGAGUUUUGUAGACCAGAAGGAUAAUACACAAAUCUUACCAGAAGACCCACCCUCCAAGGUCCAGUACCCACAAGGGGUCAGAGUUCCCCGUAGGCCUUUGGUUUGCCCAAAGGAUGAAGCAGUCCAAACUGAUCCCACCCGAAAGAGUGCUACUGCUACUGCGAUGAGAUCUCCAAGGAAAGCCUCCAGCCCGACCCGCUCUUCUGCAGACGCUCGGACAGCUCAGAGAAGGACCCCUGACCAAGAGUAUGAAACAGGUUAUUACAGCCGCACCUAUGCAGAUCCUCGGACAGCUCAGAGAAGGACCCCUGACCAAGAGUCUGAAACGGGUUAUUACAGCCACACCUAUGCAGACCCUCGGACAGCUCAGAGAAGGACCCCUGACCAAGAGUAUGAAACGGGUUAUUACAGCCACACCUAUGCAGACCCUCGGACAGCUCAGAGAAGGACCCCUGACCAAGAGUAUGAAAUGGGUCACUACAACUCAAUUUAUGUAGAACCCAAGCCCUUGCAAAGGAACAAGAACGUGGAAUCAUCCCUCAGACUCUCUAUCCUUAAAGAUUUGGAUGGUGGACACCGAGUUUCUAUGCGUAUAGACCCUGAAUCUAUGCACAAGCAGUCUGCCCACACUGAAACGAAGCCCUCCCCAAAAGUUUUAAUGUCAGCAGAAGUGGAGGACAACAUGAAGUCCCCAAUGCGAGGAGAUAACGAGGUCAGCCGCAGAGUCACCAUAUGCUCAGGAGUACAGCCAACUCACCGUGUGACACCUCGGACAGUGUAUGAGAGCCCCCAAAAAUCUCCCGAGCCUGUCUGUAAGCAGCGUGCCCAAAAACCCUCAGAAAGUGUCUACAUGUCCCUAGCACCCUCUCCAAGUCACUCUGCUCAUGCAAAAGUGGAACUGACCCCUCGCCCCUUACCCCCUCGGUCCUUACCUAAGUAUGGGCCUGACUCCUCAUGGUGGCCCUUACUCAAUCCUGACAUUGAAAUGCCUCAAAGCCGGCCAACAACACCUGAUUUCGAGCCUAAAUCCCCGCUUCCCGUGGACUAUUCAUUGUCCUUUUUUGAAAUGGACUCAAGCCCUUUCUGUGACGAUCUGCUCCAGCGAGAGAAGGCAAGUCCAUCACCACCACCAGCACCAGCAACACCACCACCACCACCACCACCACCACCACCACCACCACCACCACAAUCACCAGCGGAGCCUCCAAGCUGGGCACGGUUGAGGGACGUGCCACAGGCUCCCAAGCACACCUCCAAACAACCCAUUCAAAGGUUUAGUGCUUUCUUCUUGGAUGUCUCUGAGGAAAUGUACAAUCGUGUCAUCUGGUGGCUAAAAGAUGAGGAGAUCAAGCGCUUCCUGGAGGAAACGGAUGAUAUCAAUCUGAACAAGUUCGUGAAGGAUUUCCCAGGAAAUGAAAGCUGCCACCAACCAGAGGCCAAGACCUGGGUGUCCAGGCCCCAAGUUCCGGAGCCAAGGCCCCAGGCCCCGGACCUCUACCAAGAUGACCUGGAUUUCAGUACCCCCCUAUGGCCCCACCCCUCUGACAGCCAGCAGUACUUCUCUGCCUCAGCCCCUCUCAGCCCCUCAGCCUCAGCCCGGCCCCGCAGCCCGUGGGGCAAGCUUGAUCCCUAUGACUCCUCUGAGGAUGACAAGGAGUAUGUGGGCUUUGCGACCCUCCCCAAUCAAGUUCACCGCAAGUCCGUGAAGAAAGGCUUUGACUUUACCCUCAUGGUGGCAGGAGAAUCUGGCCUGGGGAAAUCCACUCUCGUCAACAGCCUCUUCCUCACGGAUCUCUACAGGGACCGGAAACUCCUCAGUGCUGAAGAGCGGAUCAUGCAAACUGUGGAGAUCACUAAGCAUGCAGUAGACAUAGAAGAGAAGGGCGUGAAGCUGCGGCUCACCAUUGUGGACACGCCAGGUUUCGGGGAUGCAGUCAACAACACAGAGUGCUGGAAGCCUGUGGCAGAAUACAUCGACCAGCAGUUUGAGCAGUAUUUCCGAGAUGAGAGUGGCCUGAACCGCAAGAACAUCCAAGACAACAGGGUGCACUGCUGCCUGUACUUCAUCUCACCCUUCGGCCACGGGCUCCGGCCAUUGGAUGUUGAAUUCAUGAGGGCCCUGCAUCAGCGGGUCAACAUCGUGCCUAUCUUGGCUAAGGCGGACACACUGACACCUCCUGAAGUGGAGCGCAAGAAACGCAAAAUCCGGGAGGAGAUAGAGCACUUUGGAAUCAAGAUCUACCAGUUCCCAGACUGUGACUCUGAUGAGGAUGAGGACUUCAAAUUACAGGACCAAGCCCUAAAGGAAAGCAUCCCAUUUGCUGUAAUUGGCAGCAACACUGUGGUAGAGGCCAGAGGGCGACGAGUCAGGGGCCGUCUCUACCCCUGGGGCAUCGUGGAAGUGGAAAACCCAGGGCACUGCGACUUUGUGAAGCUGAGGACAAUGCUGGUGCGUACUCACAUGCAGGACUUGAAGGAUGUGACACGGGAGACACAUUAUGAGAACUACCGGGCACAGUGUAUCCAGAGCAUGACCCGCCUGGUGGUGAAAGAACGGAAUCGCAACAAACUGACUCGAGAGAGUGGUACCGACUUCCCCAUCCCUGCUGUCCCACCAGGGACAGAUCCAGAAACUGAAAGGCUGAUUCGUGAGAAAGAUGAGGAGCUGCGGCGGAUGCAGGAGAUGCUGCACAAAAUCCAAAGACAGAUGAAGGAGACCCAUUAGCUGUCAGCCCUGGAUAUUUAAAUCUUCUCCUCUUCGUUUUGCCCAUGCCGGCCCCUUCCAGCACCAGCUCUGCUCAGGCCCCUGCAGCUACUGCCACUUCGCCUUACAUCCCUGCUGCCUCCCAGAGACUCAGAGGAAAUAAAAUUUAACAAAUAUA